AUGGCUCCAAUCUCAUUUUCUCACAUGAAGUAUUCAGAUAGUUUGAAAGUGGUGGCAAUCUCAAUCUUUUCAGCCACACUCUGUGAGUUCCUAUUAUGGCUGCUGAUCUACCGCACCAUCUCCUAUAAGUCUCUCAGCUCCACAAUCACCAAAGCCUCCAAAAAGCUUGAGAUCAUGAAAAAUCUCAAAACUAGUGAUCAUUCCAAGAAAUCCAAGAUCAGGAAAAUUGAAAUGGCAAUAAUAGGAUCCAGUCGUGGGUUGUACUUGUUCAAGUUGAAGUCGGGGGCAAUUGUCAUAUCGGUCUUAGUGAUGAACUAUGGAGUUAUGAAUAGUUUAUUUGAAGGCAAACCUGUAGCUAAAUUGCCAUUUGUGCCCUUCCAAAUUGUUCAGAGGAUGAGUCGCACGGGUUUGUCUGGUGAUGAUAUGACGGAUUGUUCGAUGUUCUUUUUGUACUUUCUAUGUUCAUUUUGGAUUAGGACAAAUCUACAGAAGCUUUUAGGAUUUUCCCCUCCCCGUGAAGCUGCUAUUACUAGGCUUCCUCAUUUUCCUUAUCUGAAACCAAACUGA